AUGGCACCAAUAGCGGGAAAUGGAGCGUCGGGAUCAGCGAGUCUUUACAAGGUGUGGGAGAUCAGAGCGCUGAAGCGGCAGAAGCGGAGCGACGAGGCGAGAAGCCUGCUGGAGCGAGUGGCGAAGCAGGUUGAGCCGAUUAUGAUCCGGCGCCGAUGGAAGGUGCCGCUGCUGUCUGAAUUCAGUCCCAGCAAUGCUCGGCUCCUGGGUCUCAACAUCAACCGAGGCCGGGAGAUUCGAAUACGACUCAGACCCGCAGGCAAGCCGGACUCAUUCUUCCCAUACGAGCAUGUGUUGGGCACCAUGCUUCACGAGCUCACUCACAUCGAACGAGGCCCCCACGAUGCCAAGUUCUACAAGCUACUAGACGAACUCAAUGAGGAGUGUGAUGAUCUCAUAGCACGAGGCAUAACAGGAACGCCCUUUGGGGGAUCUGGUCACCGCCUCGGCUCCUCUGCUUACCCCUCCAUUCGCCCAGUCCGCUUAGGCACUGCUGCUGCUGCUGCUGCUGCCAGCGCUGCUGAUUCUUCCUCUUUCAGGGUUGUUACCCCUGCUGGCCCUUCUUCUGCCCCGUCUGCUGCUGACGGGGCGAGCAGAAAAGCAGCGGCAGCAGCGGCGGAGCGGAGGCGGCAGCAGCAGCGGAUCAUGAUGCCUGUGGGCGGGCGGCGAUUGGGCGGCGACAGUGAGAUUAUGAAGGUGUUGAGUCCGGUGCAGGCAGCUGCUAUGGCAGCAGAGAGAAGGAUGAGGGACGAUGUGUGGUGUGGUGGGCAUGGGAGCGAGGGAGGGGAGGGAGGAGAGGGAGGGGAUAGGGGUCAAGGCGGGGCGAGGGAAAAGGAAGAGGAGGAGUGGGAGAGUGCAAGGGAAGCUGGUGGGGCAAGGAAGCGGCCAAGUGUGACUGAGGAGCAGAGCAGUAGGAGCAGAAAGAUGCCUGCAAGCAGUGCUGUAGCAAGUAAGAGAGCUGAUGCGGCCAGAGAAAGAUUCACAGAUGGGUCUAGAGGGGGCGAUGUGUCAGGAGGAGAGCAGCAGGCAGCGGGAGCAGGCAGGGCAGAGGGAGCAGAGGGUGUGGGGAGAGAAGACAACUGGACGUGCCGUGUUUGCACACUGAUUAACCGGUGCACGCUAGGGAAUGGUGGUGGUGGUGGUGGUGGUGGUGGUGGUGGUGGUGCUGCUGCUGCUGCUGCUGCUGCUGGUGCUGUGGACCACGCUGCCAGGUGA